AUGGCGACGGAGCAGUGGCUGUGGGAUGGAGUAUUGGAGCUCACAAAGGCCGCUCAGGAGAAGGGCACCGACCCUCUUAUGUGGGCCAUGCAGCUUUCUUCUAACCUCACCGCCGCUGGAAUUUCCAUGCCCUCCACCGAGGUGGCGGAGCUUCUUGUAUCGCACAUUUGCUGGUCCAACAAUGUACCCAUAGCCUGGAAAUUCCUUGAAAAGGCUCUGACUAUCCGUAUAGUGCCGCCCAUGUUUGUUAUUGCGCUUCUCUCCACUAGGGUAAUACCCAGUCGCAGUAGGUAUCCGGUGGCAUAUAGGUUAUACAUGGAGCUUCUAAAAAGAUAUGCUUUUUCAUUGCCAUCUCUAAUUAAUGGCCCAAACUAUCAGAAGAUUAUGGAAUCCAUAAAUGAUGUCCUUCAUUAUUCCCAGAUAUUCGAAAUUCAGUCAUCUGAUCCUGGGCUUCUUGUUGUUGAAUUUAUAUUUUCCAUUGUAUGGGAGCUACUUGAUGCGUCGCUUGACGAUGAAGGUUUGCUAGAACUCACUUCUGAGAAGAAAUCAAGGUGGCUUACCAGGAGUCAGGACAUGGAAAUAGACAAUCCUGAUAGCUUUGAUGGGAAGAGAAUGGAACGCCAAGAAGCAAUGCAUAAAAUGAAUACCAUAACGGCUCUUGAAAUAAUUGGUGAAUUUUUUCGGAAUAAAAUAACUUCCCGGAUCCUCUAUUUGGCUCGUAGAAACAUGCCCACGCAUUGGGAAUGCUUUAUUCGGAACUUGCGUCUGCUUGCUGCUCAUUCGUCAUCUUUAAGAAACUCGAAACAUAUUUCUCCAGAGGCCCUCUUGCAGUUAACAGCUGAUACACGUCAAGUCCUAUCACGUAAAUGCAAAACAAAUUUGCAGCAACAAUUUCAUGCUAUAACAGCUGGGUCUCCUGUGUCUUCUGCUGGUCAGUGUCAUGGUGUUGGCCGUUCAGCACUCUGGCUUACUAUAGAUCUUUAUCUUGAAGAUGCAAUGGAUGGACAACAAGUGGCAGCUACCAGUGCUGCUGAAACUCUUACAGGUUUAGUGAAGGCUCUCCAGGCAUUAAAUCAGACCACCUGGGAGGAUGCAUUUCUUGGUUUGUGGAUUGCUGCUCUACGUCUUGUUCAAAGGGAAAGGAAUUCAAGCGAGGGUCCUGUUCCUCGGCUUGAUACUUGUCUGUGCAUGUUAUUGUCUAUAACGACACUCGCAGUUGUCAAUAUUAUUGAAGAGGAGGAGAUUUCUUUGAUCAGUGAAACUGAACGAAGCUCCAUCAGUCAAAGGAAAGAUGUACAGUCUAUGGGAAAGCAUCGGCGAGACCUAGUUUCCAGUUUACAGCAGUUGGAUGAUUUUGAAGGCUUGCUGAUUCCACCACCUCCUGUAAGUUCAUUGGCUAAUAAAGCUGCUGCAAAAGCAAUGAUGUUCCUUUCAGGCCUAACAGUUAGCGGUGGACAGCUUGAUGGCAUGAGUUUGAAUGACAUGCCUGUGAAUUGUUCUGGAAAUCUGCGCGAUUUGAUUGUUGAGGCUUGCAUUGCUAGAAAUGUGUUGGACACGUCUGCUUAUCUGUGGCCUGGAUAUCUAAAAGGUCGUAGCAACCAAGUUCCUCGAAGCAUUUCUGGACAGAUGCCUGGUUGGUCAUCAUUAAUGAAAGGGUCCCCUUUAACUCCUCCAAUGGUCAGCGCCUUGGUAUCAACUCCGGCUUCUAGCUUGGUAGAAAUAGAGAAAAUGUAUGAGAUUGCCUUGACUGGUUUGGAUGAUGAGAAGAUAUCCGCUGCUACAAUAUUUUGUGGGGCUUCUUUAACUCGUGGUUGGAAUAUACAGGAGCACACUGUGUGUCUCAUCACAAGACUUCUUUCGCCUGCAGUGGUAGAAGUACGCAUCAAUGGGGUUUUCUGUAGCGUUUGGAGUUUAUUUUCUAGCAAAACAUGCUUUCCCAUAUAUCAUGGAGAGAAAGCAUCAUAG